AUGAGCCGAAUGAAACAGAUGCUUGCAGCAUUGACCAAAGCUAUGACACAACAACAGAGGCAGCAACCCAUGCCUCCCCCACCUCUACCAGUGCAACAUGAGCCAGACAACGAUGAUAUAAUCAACCUGACUCAGAAGUUCAUGAAGAUGAAACCACCAACUUUCGUGGGUGGUAUUGAACUGUCGAAGGUAGAAACAUGGCUACUGGAAAUGGAAAAACUGUUCAAAGUAUUUCCUUACUUUGAAACGCAAAAAGUUCUCUUGGCCACUUAUACAUUAAAAGAUAAAGCCCAAAGGUGGUGGUUACUGAUUCGGAAUGCCAAUGAAAACAUGACGUGGGCUCAAUUCCAUGAGAUCUUUUAUGAGAGUAUUUUCCCCAAUGCUUCAGAGAUCAAAAAGUAUCUGAAUUUCAAGAACUCAAACAAGGCAAAUGUUAGUAGCUGA